AUGGUUCAAGAUGGCAUCACGGGAGGAUGUGAUGCAGAUUAUGUAGAAGUUGUCGAUGGGAAGUACAUCGAUGGUGAGAGCGAAGGAAAAAUGUGCGGUUUUGGUACCCCCGAUGACAUCUCCUCUACCGGUCGUAACAUGAUGGUUCUUUUCAGGUCUGGUCCAAUCAGAUCAUCUUUCAUGGGAUUCAAAGCAACAUUUACAGCGCUUCAUGAUCCAACAAGUAAGUGAAAGCAUUCCUAUUUCUUCGUUUUCGGGGAAGUCGGUGUCUCCCCUUAAACACCUUGCCGCUCAUUCGUAACAUCCCUCAUUUCCAAUCAGCCAAAGAAAUUUUAUCUCAAAACAUUUUGAAAUUAGGUGGUAGAAAAGGCAAGUUCAAGGCAAGCGUGAAAAGCGCUCUUCAUCACGACUGAUUUGACAGGGUGUUGUUUGACAAUACCUCAGAGGUUAUCAGCACGAGUGAAACAGAGUAAAUAAAACGAAACUGUUAUGUACUACCCCAUCAAAAUAAAAUAUUUUGAAUUUGGUUGUGAUUUUUUAUGCCAUUUAAUUUUUGAAUGAUGACGCAAGAAUCAGGUAGAGUGGUCGAUAACUGACACAGUUUCAACUGGUUUUGAACUUGUGAUGAUCCACACGUAAGGCAUUCACAACUUGUUAAAGUAUGUUCUAAAAAUGAUAUCUCAUUAUGCCAAGCAUGGCUUUCCGAUGUCUUCUAGCCGCCAUCUUGCCAUAAACAGUUACCUUUUUCACAUCAGAUUUUGAUAGGCUCGGUGGAACAGCCCCACCUGAAUCUCUCCGAAGCCAAUUCCCCUUCUCCUUCCCCCGUGGGAUCACUUCAAGGAAUUUACUUGAUAUUGUUUUCUAACUCCGUAGCGAAAACUAAAGCUGUAAAUUCCAGCGAGUUAUGUUACCCGGAUAACGUCCACAACUUUGAUUUGAGGUUGACCGGAUCAGAAGGGAUUCUAGAGAGUCCGUUGACCUACUACCCACCGGGUUUACUUUGUGAAUGGCUCAUCACUGUACCCGAGGGACAACGCGUUGAACUCAUCUUCGAGAGAUUUCAGUUGGAUCCUGGUUGCAGAGAUCAUGUGGAAGUUGGAGAUGGAAUGUCAUUGUCUGGUACAUCUUUGGGAAAAUACUGUGGAACUACAAUUCCCGAAAACGUUCGUUCAAGUCACCGUAAUCGUUAUAUGUGGGUUCAGUUCUACUCUGCCACGGAUUAUGCGGGUAGAAAACCACACAGAGGAUUCAAAGCCACCUUCAAGGCCGUAUCAAGUUCAGGUUGUCUACCUUUGUUUUAAAAAUUAGAGGUUGA